GGGGAAAAACACUUUCAGUAAAAUAUGGCUCAUAGCUGUUGAGGAAGGAGAGAGACGGCGGGUUGCGCUGCCGCAGAGGCUAAUCGGGUUGGGAGGACAGAACCGCCGUGUAAAAUGCAGUUCGAUUGGCUUCCCAAGCGCAUAACCGCUUCGCUUCUAAACCUAAAUAGCCAUUCCCAUCACAUCAUUUGCCCAGCUAUACCUACUAAUGACAGUUCUAUAUUUCUACAACGUUCGAUUUCAUGCUACUCCGGUUCAACUUCCGCCGACUGCUUUUAUCUAAAACACAGAAUCUAUCCUAAUAAUAUCCGCCCCCGCUGCCGCAACGUUAAAUUUGGUCCGUUUGUGCAGCCGCGAUGCUCAUCUUCUACAUUAAUCGGGAAAGGUGAAGGAGAAGAGGAAGAAAAACUAGGUGAGGCAAGGGGUGCGCUUUGCGAUUAUCUACGGCAGCUUGGGAUUUCCACGGAGGAAGCCACUGAGAUCGCCCUCGCUGCUCCCAGCUACCUGAAAAUGUUGAUUGAGAGCGUUGAAGACCUCGACGAACUAUCUUUAUGGAAUUCUUGGACAAAUUCCGCCUCAGCACCUCCUCACUCCCAGCUACCGCAGCAGCCACCGUCUUUUAGAACUAAGGUUUAUCAAAUGGCUCGACAGAAAGGAGAUAAGGGCAUGCUUCCCUACUUGGAGAGCGCUGGCCUCACUCUCUCAUCUGCAACUCACCUAGCUCGCUAUCUCUCGUCCUCUCACACUCUUCCUGACCUGAUUCAAAAGGUUAACUAUUUAAAUGAAGUAUUAUUUUCUCACACUGGUGAUGAAUGGGUAGUUGGUAAAAGUGCCAGACGAAUGAUGACACACCUUUCUAUUUCUAUUGAUGAUGAUGUGCAACAAACCUUGUCAUUCUUUGAGAAGAUCCAAGCCAGACGAGGAGGUCUUGAUUCUUUAGGCUCCAAAGAUACUUCUUUCCGACAUCUCAUUGAAUCAUUUCCACAUCUUUUGUUGCUUCCGUUGGAGACUAAAAUGGAGCCUAUCCUUCAAAUCCUUGAGGAUAUUGGUGUAUCACAUGGAUGCAAAAGACAAAUUCUACUACUCUUCCCGCCAAUUAUUUUCUAUGAUGUUGAAAAGGACAUAAGACCAAGAUUACAUUCUUUCGUAAAAGUUGGUGCAGUGGACCAAGAUUUUGGUCUGAUGUUACUCAAGUAUCCAUGGAUCCUUUCUGCAAGCAUCCUGCAAAACUAUGAGAGGAUCCUAAAUUUCUUUAAUAAGGAGAAGAUACCCAUUGCUAGUGUGGCCCAUGCAAUUAAAAGAUGGCCACUCCUUUUAGGAUGUUCAGUUGACAAGCUGAAGUUGAUGCUUGAUCAGUUUCGAGACUUGGGCAUCAUAAACAAAAAGUUGGGUAAGGUUAUUGCUACAAGUCCUCAGCUAUUGGUGCAGAGACCUAAAGACUUCCUUCAGGUGGUAUGCUUUCUUAGAGAUGUAGGAGUUGGUGAAGAUACUCUUGUGAGAAUACUUAUUCGCUGCCCUGAAAUUUUUGCUUCAAGCAUUCAGAGAACUCUUGAGAGAAAGCUUGCUUUUCUGAGUACUAUCGGAGUUUCUAGGAGUCAUUUCCAGAGGGUUAUAAGGAAAUAUCCCGAGUUUUUCAUAUGUGAUGUUGAUGGAUCUUUGCUUCCUAGAGUAAGGUAUUUGAUGCAUGCUGGGAUUUCGAAGCGGGACAUAUCCUUCAUGGUCCGUAAGUUUUCACCGUUGCUCGGAUACAGUAUAGAAAAAAUAUUGAGGCCAAAGUUGGAAUUCCUAGUGAACACAAUGGGAAAGGGAAUAAGAGAAGUGGUGGAAUAUCCGAGAUACUUCAGCUACUCAUUGGAGAAGAAAAUCAAACCCAGAUAUUGGGUGCUGAAGAGUAGAAAUGUGGAUUUUAGCUUGAAAGAUAUGUUAGGCAAAAAUGACGAUGAGUUCUUAUCCGAGUUUAUGGGGGCUGAGAGGAUGCUUCUUCCCCCUUCAUAAAGCACUUGUUGCUUAAGUGCUCCUAUGUUGCACCGUGACUAUACUUACUAUUAGAAGGGCCCAUGUGACACAUCAUCCACCACACCUGCUUAAUUCUCUCUGGACGAAGACCACAUAGAAUUAAGGCAAGCAGUCAAGCACCAUUGCUUUUCUUCCUCAAAUUAAAACUUGUUCCUCUCGCCUAUAGAAGAGUCAUGAUCUAGAUCUUCUAGCAUCUGGUUUAGUUGCUCUCUGUUCAAUUCCGAGUGUGCUGGAGAGCCUGGGAUGCUUUCCACCGAACUGCCAAACUGGAGUAUGCUAGUGUGAAGGUGACUAGCCAACAGGCAACGCCUGGUUGGUGUGGGGCUCAGUGCCACCUGGAGGCCGGAUCUACUAACCGAAUAUCUGCCGGUUGGCACUGAGGCAACAGCUGACGGGGAGCUGACUAUUGAUCAGAAAAAAUGGAGCGCACUAGGCCUAUGAUUCUUCCGAGGGAUGGACUGUGCCGGUUCGUCCCGACCCGGUACCUGGCCCGGCCCGUUAUUGUGCGGGACUGGCCCGACCGACUGGGACUGAGACUGGAGGCUCGAACCGGGGGUAUUAUUGGCGGGCUACGGGAUGCAUAUAUGGUGGACCGGCCCGGCCGCUCUGGGCCCUUUUUUUUUUUCCGCAUUCAUUGGCUGCUAGGUGGGUGGGGCUGGGUGGUUUGGGGGGGUGGGUUGAGGGGUGGGGGGGGGGGAGUGGGAGGUAGGAAAAAUCAGAAAAACCAAUUUUUUAAAAAAUUUAGACUUGACCCGACCCGACCGGGCCUGGUACCAACCUGGGCCAGUACCGGUCCUUCAUCCUAAAACCCCAGUCCCGCCCAAUCCCAGCCAGGGGGCCCAGUGACCCAGUCCAUGCCUAGUUCUUCCCAUUUGUUGCAUUGUUUUUUUCACUUUGGCACUUCUCUCUCAAAUAAAGGCUAACCCAGUCAAAUUGAAUUGAGUAUGUAAGUUGGCAUUCUAACAUUUAUGUUAAACAAGCCAAUGAAGUUUGUAAUUCAAGUUUUAAAGAUGCCCAACUUAUUACAGAUAAUUAGUAAUUAAAUACAAGCUUAAUGAAGUUUUAUUAAAAGUUGUAUGAAGCUCAACGUAUUGAAUUCAA